UGAGCGGACCUCAUUGAGGAGUCAUGCCACCGGUUGUAAACAAAGUAUGAGUCCAGUCUGAACAGUAGAAGAAACGUGUUGUGUUUGUCGUUUUACCACACAGCAGGUGGCAGGAUGGUGCAGCUGCAUGUGAAGCGUGGAGAUGAAAGCCAGUUUCUUUUCAACACCACAGUGGACGCGCCUCUGGAGACGGUGAUCCAGCAAAUUACAGCCAUUUACAACGGGAGACUCAAAGUGGACAGAUUGUGUUCAGAGAUCCCAGAGCUGGCAGACCAUGGCAUCGCACUGCCACCCAACAUGCAGGGCCUGACAGAGGAGCAGGUUGUGGAGCUGAAACUGAAGGAUGAAUGGGAAGACAGUUGCAUCCCCAGUGGAGGGCCAGUAUUCAAAAAGGAUGAGAUUGGGAGGAGGAACGGACAAGCUCCAAAUGAUAAAAUGAAAGAGGUGUUGAUGCGAACAGUGGAGGAGGCGAAGGCCCUGAUCUCCAAAAAACAAGCUCAAGCUAGUGUUUGUGUCACUACGGAGAUGGUAAAAGAAGCGCUAGAUCAACUGAGGGGUGCAGUCAUGAUUGUGUACCCCAUGGGGCUUCCUCCUCAUGACCCUAUCAGGAUGGAGUUUGAGGACCAGGAAGACCUUUCAGGAACACAGGCUUCUCUGCAGGUGAUCACGGAGGACGAAUGCCAGCUCUGGUGGGCUGCCAAAGAGAUGCAGAGGGGGAAGAAAUUGCAGGACUACGUUGGCAAAAAUGAAAAGACAAAGCUUGUGGUCAAAAUACAAAAGAAAGGACAGGGGGCACCAGCGAGAGAGCCCCUGAUCACGGAUGAGCAGCAGAAACAGAUGAUGAUGCAUUACCACAGAAGGCAAGAGGAGCUCAAGAAACUUGAGGAGGCAGACGAUGACAGCUACCUGGACUCAGAGUGGUCAGACAGAGGGGCUCUCAAAAAACAGUUUCAAGGCCUCACAAAUAUCAAAUGGGGACCAAGAUGAAGGCCAGUAACACUCACAAUACCGACCGGAGCUGCUUACGGAAGAGCUCUAUAUGCAGCUGGCCAAGAUGCCUUAUUGCAAUCCUAAAAUCAGCUUCCAGUUGUUGUUAUUCGAGGUCUUCCAAAGAAUAUUAUAUGUACAGCUGAUGUGAUCUUAUUGCAGGAAGUACAUGUAUUUCUAGAGUAAACAACUGCCAUACACUGUAACUGAGCUGCACGUAUAUAUAUAUAUAUAUAUGAAAGAACAGGUAAUAAUAUCACAUAGAGGUUGAUGUCAUAAAAAACCCAAUUUAUUAGA